UGAGCAGGGUGAGGUGGCCCUAAGAGGCUGCAGCUGGAGGAGAUAAGAGGAACAGCAACAUCUGCAGGCAGGCCGAGGGAAAGGAGACACAGCAGGGCAGCCGGAAGAAGAGAGAGAAUCCCAAACUGAGAGGGGAGGCCAUUAGCCAUCUCAGAUGCACCAGAGAAGCCACUUGCACCCGGUGAUCAAGGCUUUCCUGUGCGGCUCCAUCAGUGGCACCUGCUCUACCCUCCUUUUCCAGCCCCUGGAUCUCCUCAAAACGCGCCUGCAGACUCUCCAGCCCUCGGCCCAUGGAUCCAGGCGCGUCGGGAUGCUCAGUCUGCUCCUGCAGGUGGUCCGCACCGAGAGUCUUCUGGGCCUGUGGAAGGGGAUGUCCCCUUCCAUUGUGAGGUGUGUCCCUGGUGUUGGAAUCUACUUCGGGACUCUCUACUCUCUGAAGCAAUACUUCCUGCGAGGCCAUCCCCCCACUGCCAUGGAGUCCAUCAUGCUGGGGGUGGGCUCUCGCUCGGUCGCAGGGGUCUGCAUGUCGCCUAUCACUGUGAUCAAGACGCGUUACGAGAGUGGGAGGUACGGCUAUGAGAGCAUCUACGCAGCCCUGCGGAGCAUCUACCGCAGCGAGGGCCACCGGGGCCUCUUUAGUGGCCUGACGGCGACACUCCUUCGUGAUGCCCCCUUUUCUGGAAUCUACCUAAUGUUUUACAACCAGACCAAAGCCAUCGUGCCCCAUGACCAGUUGGAUGCAGCCCUUAUUCCCGUUGUAAAUUUCAGCUGUGGGAUAUUUGCUGGUGUUCUGGCCUCACUGGUGACUCAGCCUGCAGAUGUUAUCAAAACUCAUAUGCAGCUCUCCCCAGUGAAAUUCCGGUGGAUUGGCCAGGCAGUGACAAUCAUCUUCAAAGACUAUGGGCUGCGUGGCUUCUUCCAAGGCGGUGUCCCCCGGGCCCUCCGCAGGACUCUGAUGGCAGCCAUGGCAUGGACAGUCUAUGAAGAGAUGAUGGCCAAGAUGGGCCUGAAGUCCUGACCCAGGAGCACUGGGAAAAGAUGGGAUCUGUUGCCCUGCCUGGUUUCUGCCAAGAGCUGCUUCAUCUCUAACCUGGACUGAGGUGAAGUCCUGUGGGGAAAGCCAGGCAGAUGUGUCACCUUGUUACCCAGUUCACGUAGCGAAUAGGUGGACCAGACUCGAGCUUUCAGAAUCUCCCGGAAGAGGCGCCACUGAGACAGACAGCACAUGGGGGAGUUUGCAGAAGGGCUUGCACACCCUGCAAACCUGAAAGCAUUUCCAGGGAGAGAGCUCUGUCGGGUCUCCGCUUCAGCCACCCGCCUAUACCAUGGUGCCUCUUUGGGUCUGUUCUUUGCAAGGAAUUGCAAAGCCAGAGAAGCUGUGGCCACCUGCCGUGACUGGGGAACUCCCAGGGCGUGGUUCUGCAGAAAGAGGAGUCCCUGUCACCAGGCCGGAGAUGAUGUUGGGAUGAGGAAGAAAAGGUGUCAUAUUGACUUAAUUAGUUCAUUAACCUGGCAGAGGUUCUGCAGAAGGGGGGACAGUGGCUUCCUAGCCUCUCAGUGUCCAAAUAAAGGUUUUUUAUUUUGUCCCAGCUCUGUUUCAUCUCUGAGUUCUGGCAUUUUCUGCAGCUGAAGUCCAGAUAAAGAAAUUGAACUACUUUAUCAUUGAAAACUGCUUGGAAAUCCUAAGUAGUGUCAUCACUCUGUUUUAAGACCUAGGGAGGUCC